UUCCACAAACAUUUUUUCUUUAAUCUUAUAUUCCUUCAUUGGUGUCCUGAGUUUUUACUAUUGUGGAUCAUUGGAUGUUUUGGGUGUCUGAUUAAAGAUCGAUCUCAUCGUGGGGAGGGUAAAUCAAAGAAGAAGUCAUCUAUGAAUCUGAAGUUUUCUGAUUGCCGCCUUUUCUCCUUUUUUUAUUGUUUGAGUUUCUAAUUUCUAAAGUGCAAAAUGUCACAGAAGGUUACGCCAGCAAUUCAGUCACUUAAAUCGAUGCCGGCAGACUAUAGGUUUCUUGAGAAUUCUUCCGGCUCAAGUGUUUGUGUGACCGAUUUGAUCAUUUCACCAAAUGGUCACUUAAGGAAUGGGGUUAAUGGCACUGAAAAUUCUGUUGGAGGAAUGGAUACUGCUACUGAGGAUUCACCGUAUAGCGUGCGUAGCAUUCCAAAUGGAUCAGAGCGGUCGUCGAUUGGUGAUGAAGAUCCUAUUGUCCCCUUGCCUCAGAGUAAUGAUCACAGGUGGAACGACACAAGCGCAUAUGCUCGGAAAAAGGUACUGCAAUCUUGGGUCCAACUUCCAAACGGUAACUGGGAGCUGGGGAAGAUUUUGAAAACUUCAGGAGAAGAGUCUGUUCUUGCCUUACCUGAGGGAAAAGUUUUAAAAGUCAAAUCAGAUACUCUAGUUCCUGCAAAUCCUGAUAUUCUUGAUGGAGUAGAUGAUCUUAUGCAACUAAGUUACUUAAAUGAGCCAGCAGUGUUGUACAACCUUGAGUAUAGGUACAACCAGGACAUGAUAUAUACAAAAGCAGGGCCUGUACUGGUGGCUGUGAAUCCCUUCAAGGAGGUUCCUUUGUAUGGAAAUCGCAACAUUGAGGCAUACAGGAAGAGAUCAAAUGACAGCCCUCAUGUCUAUGCUAUUGCAGAUACAGCAAUCCGUGAAAUGAUACGAGAUGAAGUUAACCAGUCUAUCAUUAUCAGUGGUGAGAGUGGAGCAGGGAAAACUGAGACAGCAAAAAUAGCAAUGCAAUACUUGGCUGCUCUUGGAGGUGGAAGUGGGAUUGAGUAUGAGAUACUAAAGACUAAUCCCAUCUUAGAAGCAUUUGGAAAUGCAAAAACAUUGAGAAACGAUAAUUCUAGUCGUUUUGGUAAGCUGAUAGAGAUUCAUUUUAGUGAAACAGGGAAGAUUUCUGGUGCUAAAAUUCAAACAUUUUUACUAGAAAAGUCUAGAGUGGUUCAAUGUGCGGAAGGAGAAAGGUCAUAUCAUAUAUUUUAUCAACUUUGUGCUGGGGCUUCACCUACGCUUAAAGAGAAGCUAAGUUUGACAAGCGCAAAAGAGUAUAAGUAUUUGAAACAGAGCAAUUGCUAUUCAAUUAACGGAAUUGAUGACGCUGAACGUUUUCACGCCGUUAAGGAAGCUCUAGAUAUUGUGCAUGUUAGUAAAGAAGAUCAAGAAAGUGUAUUUGCAAUGCUUGCUGCAGUAUUGUGGCUGGGAAAUGUUUCUUUCGCCAUUAUUGACAAUGAAAAUCACGUUGAACCUGAACCAGAUGAAAGUUUGGAAACUGUUGCUAAAUUGAUUGGGUGCAACAUCAAUGAUCUUAAGCUAGCUCUAUCGAAGCGUAAUAUGAGAGUUAAUAAUGAUACUAUUGUACAGAAGCUAACACUAUCUCAGGCCAUUGACGCAAGAGAUGCUUUAGCAAAGUCAAUCUAUGCCUCCCUAUUUGACUGGCUGGUUGAACAGAUAAACAAAUCUCUUGCGGUGGGAAAGAGGAGAACGGGCAGAUCCAUCAGCAUUCUUGAUAUCUAUGGCUUUGAAUCAUUCGAUAGAAAUAGUUUUGAGCAGUUCUGUAUAAAUUAUGCAAAUGAGAGAUUGCAGCAACACUUCAAUCGUCAUCUUUUCAAGCUGGAGCAGGAGGAAUAUAUUCAGGAUGGCAUUGACUGGACAAGGGUUGAUUUUGAGGACAAUCAAGAUUGUCUCAGCCUCUUUGAAAAGAAACCAUUAGGUCUGCUUUCUCUUCUGGAUGAGGAAUCCACAUUUCCAAAUGGCACAGAUUUGACACUUGCCAACAAGCUUAAAGAACAUCUAAAUGAUAAUUCUUGCUUUAGAGGAGAUCGGGGGAAGGCUUUCACAGUUGCGCAUUAUGCUGGAGAGGUUACAUAUGAGACGACUGGAUUUCUAGAGAAGAACCGAGAUUUGUUGCAUUCGGAUUCUAUUCAGCUUUUGUCAUCUUGCUCUUGCUACCUUCCUCAGGCGUUUGCUUCUAGUAUGCUCAUUCAUUCUGAAAAACCUGUUGUUGGUCCUUUACACAAAGCAGGUGGAGCUGAUUCCCAGCGGCUGAGUGUAGCAACUAAAUUUAAGGGUCAACUUUUCCAAUUGAUGCAACGUCUUGGGAACACUACCCCACAUUUCAUUCGCUGCAUAAAGCCAAACAAUGUUCAGUCUCCUGGAUUGUAUGAGCAAGGGCUUGUCUUACAGCAGCUAAGAUGUUGUGGGGUCCUAGAGGUAGUUCGAAUAUCUCGGUCUGGAUUUCCUACGAGAAUGUCUCAUCAUAAAUUUUCCCGAAGGUAUGGUUUUCUUUUGCUGGAGAACAUUGCAGCAAAAGAUCCUCUAAGUGUUUCGGUUGCAAUUCUCCAUCAGUUUAACAUCUUGCCAGAGAUGUACCAAGUUGGCUACACAAAAUUGUUUUUCAGAACUGGCCAGAUUGGGGUUCUUGAAGAUACAAGGAACCGCACUCUUCAUGGCAUUUUACGUCUUCAAAGCUAUUUAAGAGGGCACCAAGCACGCUGUCGUAUAAAAGACCUAAAAAGAGGAAUCACUGUUCUUCAAUCAUUUGUUCGUGGAGAAAAGAUUAGAAAGGAAUACACGGAGUUACUGCAGAGGCAUCGAGCUUCUGCUGCUAUUCAAAGCAAUGUUAAGAGAAGGAUUUCUAGGCGACAAUAUAAAGCCACAGUUGAUGCAUCUGUUGUAAUACAAUCAGCCAUGGAAGAAAUUUGGCAAAAGCAAAUGAAAUCUUUGCAAUCCAGUCUUUCCAUCGCAAAGAAAAGCCUAGAGGUUGAGGACUCAGCGAGAAAUUCUGAUGCAUCGGUGAAUGCAAGCAAUGGAACGGAUUUAGAUUCAGGGGGUAGUCAUUUCCAAAUGGGCCAUGGCAGGUCAAGAAGUGUAGGUGUGGGUUUAAGCGUGAUAAGCCGGUUAGCUGAGGAAUUCGGACAGAGAGCUCAGGUAUUUGGUGACGACAGAAAGUUCUUGAUGGAAGUGAAGUCUGGUCAGGUAGAAGCAAACUUGAAUCCAGACCGGGAGCUACGAAGGCUGAAACAGAUGUUUGAGACUUGGAAGAAAGAUUACGGAGGAAGACUAAGGGAAACGAAACUGAUUCUAAGUAAACUUGGGAGUGAAGAAACAGGUGGUUCAGCGGAGAAGGCGAAGAUGAAGUGGUGGGGGCGGUUAAAGAGUACCAGGUUUUAAUUGGUUUCUUCCUUUUCUUGAGAUGCAGGUCUCAUUUUUACACGUUUGAUGUAACUGAGGUUUUGGUUUUGUUACUGACUACUGAGAAGUGAGAAGGCUUCAUGGGACUAAAAGAGUCAUGUUUCUCAUUUCCUAUCCAAAUCUAUUGGUAGAUUCAGUAAAUAAUUUUU